AUGAGAUCUAUCAUAUGCUGGUCAUCGGCGCUAUCCAAGUUUCGUCCUCAAACGCAGGAGAAGCCUGCAUACCUUCCCUCGAUGAAAGGUGAAAAGGCGGAUGCAAAAAUUCACCUUGUAACAGGGUCCCUCCAAUCUCAAUGCAGCUCCUCCCGUGUCGCAUUCCUUAUCUCCUUCGAGAAGUAUGUCGGAGUGGAACUCGAAAAUCCUUCUGCAUUUGGAUUUCCUCCGAACCCCGAACAGAUGAAACGAAGCUGCUCUGGCGGUUUCUUGGAGUCUUUGCUUUUAGCAGAGAUCUACAGCAAGGAUGGCCAUCCACAUCCGUUCUAUUUCCAUCGAAUGAGCCCGAUAAUGAACAAUGUUAUCUGGUGGAAGAUACUCCGGAGUGUUGUCUUCAGGCAUAACCACAACAGACAAAGAGCAGAAGAUACCAUCUCUGUGUAA